UGAUUUGAGUUUUUUUUUUGUGUGUGUGUGUGUUCCCUUUGCCGCGGUUUUUGAUUCAGAGGGUUUAUUUAUUGGAUUGGUGAUUUUGGUUGUCUAAUUCUGUUCGGUGCUCAACGAAGUAAGCGGAAGUGAAACUUGGAGGUGUUUUUCCAACACAGGUCUCCUAGAUUCUCUGUGCAUCUUAAAUCAAUUAUUUAAGAGCUUAGAAAUCAGCAUUUUUAUGUGCUACAGCUUGUCAUGCUCCACUGUGUGUUUAGUGUUUAUUAUAAACCAUAAGACUUUCGGGAGCUGAGGGAAUGUCAGCACCUGGGAAGUUUGAUUAUUCUUCUGGUGGGCUAGAUAGGCCUCUAUACAGAUCUAACUUUGCCGCACAGAUGGAAAGAUCUAGUAGCUUUCGCGAGUCCAUGGAACAUCCCGUCCCAUCUCAUCCAAACAUGUUGAGGACCACUUCAUCAAUAGCACAAACCGAUGUAACAAAUUUCUUUCAGUGUUUGCGUUUUGAUCCUAAGGUGGUUGCCGCGGAUCACAAAUCUAUUCGUCAAGGUGACUUUAAGCGGCAUGUGAGUAUUGCUCUUGGAAUACAGGAAGAUGAGUCUCCUAGUGGAUCUUUGAAAGGGAAGUUAAUUCCAUCUCCUAUACCAGAAGAGAUCAAAAGAUUCAAGGCUGGUCUGCGUGAAAACAAUGUGAAGGCCAGGGAGCGCGUAAAAAUUUUCAAUGAAGCUUCCUCUGUAUUUAACAAGUUUUUCCCAAGUGUACAUACAAAGAAGAGGUCUCGACCAGAAGGAUUUUCUACUGAUCGCUUGGUAUCAGGACCAGGCCUUGGUAAAAUGGGAAUUCAGGGUCAGACCCUGGCUGGUGGUUUUGAGCCUGACCAAAAGUUGGACGAACGACCUAAAAGUGGUGUUCCAAAUAAACGAACACGUACUUCCAUGAUGGAUGUUCGAAGCAAUUCUAUUGUUCGACAGUCACCGGUUGUAGACAGAGAUAAAGAAAUAAUGCGGGUAGCAAAUAAUAAUCCAGUUCAGGGUGAAGAUCGAACUUCAAUUGGUAUUGAGGGUUGGGAAAAGUCAAGAAUGAAGAAAAAACGCUCAUCUAUUAAUGUGGACUGUCAUCCUAACUCAGCGUCAAAAGUGGUUGAUGGUUACCGAGACUUGAAGCAGGGCAUACAACAGAAAUCAACGGGCGACUCCCGGUCGAGAUUGAAUGGUGACUCAAACAUGUUAAGGCAAUCGGCUGGUACUGGAGCUAAUGGAUAUGGAAGAUCUGAUAACCUCUCUCAGCAGACGAGGUCAAACAUUCAUGAUGAGUUCAAUUCUUCAAGUCUGGUUGCAAAUACAAAAACAAAUGCUUCAGUUCGUGGGCCUAGGUCAGGAUCGGGACUACCACCAAAACUGUCUCCAGGGCUCCAUAACACUCCGUCCCCAAUUGAAUGGGAUAUCUCUGGCUGUACGAAUAAGCCUCCAACAUUGUCAGGGGUUACACAUCGCAAGCGUAUGACAUCAAAUCGGUCUUCAUCACCACCUGUGACUCAGUGGGCCAGUCAAAGACCACAAAAGAUAUCUCGGGUAGCAAGAAGGACAAAUUUAGUGCCCAUUGUUUCUAGUAAAGAUGAAGUUCCCUAUUCUGAUAAUAUAUCAGAUGCUGGUUGUAGCGAAACUGGGUUUGGAUUGCAUAAACGCUCACCAGCUGCUUCACCUCAAUUGAAACUAAAAGGUGAAAGCAGCUUCUCCCCAGCAGCCUUAUCAGAAAGUGAAGAAUCUGGCCCCCCUGAGAUCAAGUCUAAAGACAAGGGUAAACAGUCUGAUGAGGUUGAUGGGAAAGCUGCACAGAAUAUUCCUAGAGUGUCCAUCCCUGCUUUACAAUCAAGAAAAAGUAACAAGCCUGCCGCUGGUGAAGAGAAUGGGGAUGGUGUGAGAAGGCAAGGAAGGACAGGCCGUGGCUUUUCUUCAACUAGGUCUCUUAACCCAAUGGGAGUAGAUAAACUUAAGAAUGUUGGAACAGCGAAACAUCUUCGCAGUGCAAGACCUAUUUUUGACAAGAGUGAAAGUAAGGUGGGUCGUCCACCCACUAGGAAACUAUCUGAUCGUAAGGCUUACAAACGCCAGAGAGCCACGGCAACAAAUGCUCCAACACUAGAUUUUCAUGUCGGCUCAGAUGAUGGCCGUGAGGAGCUACUAGCGGCUGUCAACUCAGCUGUAAAUUUUGCUCAUAAUUUUCCCAACUCUUUCUGGAAGCAAAUGGACCGCUACUUUUGCUAUAUAUCUGAUGGUCAUAUCAAUUUCAUGAAACAACAGGGAGAAAUUUCCUCCAUGGAUCCUCCGCCUGUUUUGACAUCCUCUGACUUUGAUAGCCGUGUAUGUCCUGAGGAAUUUGCAACUAGCAGGGUGGAUUCCAAGGCUUCUCCACUUUACCAGAGACUGCUAUCAGCUUUGAUUUCUGAGGACUCGGUGGGUGGAAAUGAAGAUUUACAAGUUAAUGGAUUUGGGACCAUGCAUGAUCAUGACGAUGACUCAGAAUUCAGUGUUUUGAAUAAUAUGGAGUUCAAUGGGUUUAAGAACAAUGAAAGGCUGGAACUUGAUGAAUCAGAAGAUGAUGAGUCUGCAAUUUUGUUCAAGGGUGUUAAUAAGUUAGCACACCACUGCAAUGGCAAAUUUCCAGAUAAUUCACCCAUUGACUUCUUAGACAUUGAAUAUGAUAAAUUGGGGAUAGAUGAAAAGAUAUAUCUGGAAGCCCGAUCCAUUGGAAUAUCCUUGGAACCAAUGCCUAGUAUCUCAAACGUGGAGGAUGAAGGGAUUGCUGACGAAAUUAAAAAGUUGGAGGAGGCUAUCUGCAAGGAGGGUUCCAAGAAGAAAAAGAUGGUGGAUAGGCUACUAAAGCCUGCCAUAGAGAUGAAAGAACUUCAGGAAAAGGAGCUUGAUCAGAUUGGUUAUGAUAAGCUCAUCGAGAUGGCAUAUGAAAAGAGCAAGGCUAGUCGGCGUCAUCACAACGCUGGUGGGAAGAAUUCCAAUAACAGGAUUUCAAAGCAGGCUGCAUCGGCUUUUGUUAGAAGGACACUUGAACGAUGCCAUCAAUUCGAAAAGACGGGCAAAAGCUGCUUCAGUGAGCCUGAAAUUAAGGAUAUGUUCAUUGCCAGGUUGGCAACAGCCGAAGAUACUCUUAUGGAUAAGGAGUGUAAUCCGUCGACUUCAACACCCAUGGGCUCACAGCCAAGCUCUUCUUUGGCACGCACUGGGCAGAACUCGGAGAACUAUGCCAGUUAUGUUCUACCAUCUGAAAAUGCUUUAUUAGAACAAGCGACGGGGAAAGAAGAUACAGCAUGGUCCAAUAGGGUGAAGAAGAGAGAGUUGCUGCUUGAUGAUGUUGGCAUCGGGACACAACUCUCAAGUAGUAUAAAGGGGAAGAGAAGCGACAGGGACAGAGAUGGGAAAGGGCAGGCUUCGUCUAGAAGUGGAGGAACCAAUAAGAUUGGCCGGCCUUCGCUGUCCAAUGCUAAGGGUGAAAGAAAAACGAAAGCAAAACCAAAGCAGAAAACAACUCAGAUAUCUCCAUCUGUUAGGGUCCCGGAGCAACCCAAACCAUUAUUACCAAAACCGAAUGAAGUGAACAGCGAGUAUAAUAACUUGGAGGCACUGGAGGAGACAGAGCCAAUUCUCGACUUAUCUCAGUUACAAAUACCAGAUGGCUUAGGAGAUUUUGAUGCGCAACCAGGUGAUAUUAGUUCAUGGUUUAACAUGGAUGACGAAGAAGAAUUCGAUAUCAUGGAGCUUGGAAUACCAAUGGAUGAUCUCUCAGGCCUGAACAUAAAGUUAUGAAGUUACCUCUCCUUCUCUCACUUUAUCUAUCUGUAUAGUCUUUUGUUGGUUUUACUAGUUGACAACAACAACAAAAAAAGCAUAAGGUAAAAGAAAAUUUUUGCUUCCUUGGGCGAAUAACCAACGCAGGAAAUUGGUUAUUUGGAUGUUAGCUCCAGAAAAUUAGGUCAUAUAGAUUCUUUUCUU